AUGCAAGACCAAAUCAUAAGUCUACGACUAGAUUCAGCUGAAACUGUCACAAAGUUUUUAAGAUCAAAGGAUGAAGAUAUAGAAAACAUUAUACAGUUAAUUCAUGACUUGUUAAAUCAAAAAUUAGAUCUUUACUUCCCAAACUACAAAACAUUUAUACUUAACUUACUAGUUGACAGAUUAAAUGAGAGAUCCCCAUCUUCUCAAUUCCAUAAUUGGAAGUUUAACUAUAAGAUUUGGAAAAUACUCCUUGAAUCAUGGGACAGUUUUGGAGCAUCAUCCAUGAGUCGAAAUGAAUGUAUCAAAAACCUAGAUAUAGUAGAGAAUUUGAUUCAAGUGAUGGCUAAGAAUGAUAAGGAUUCAUUAAAAUGCAUCCCUUUAAUGUUUGAAACUCUUUUCCGAAUGAACCAGAGCGUGUUCAUCAAAAUUGACGAGUUAUUAGGAUUGUCCUUACUAAGAUCAUUUCUAAUUUAUUUGGGAAAGACAACCAAUGUAAAAGCCGAUUGGGCUAAUAUUAUAAAGCAACUAUAUUAUAGAUCAUGCAUGAUUGAAACUCAAGAUAUGUCAAAAAAAGUAUAUUCAAAUUUCAUGGAAUCAUUGUUCAAUUUAAUGAUUGAUGUUCUAUCUUCACCAUAUCCUUCAGUACCAACGUCUGUUAAAGAUGUGUUAUUGGAUAUUUUUACCCGGGUAGUAUUUGCUGAAGGUCAUAUUCAAUAUUUGAAAAGCAGUUUGGAGAAAAUACUAAAAAGUCAUGAAAUAAACGAUUCGUCUUUCUUAUAUUUUUAUCAAAUCGUCAUCGAGCACUUAUCAUCUAAAAAUAUAAAACUUUGUGAAGAACUUUACAUAUUAAUCACUCAAAAACUUCCAUCGUUAUCAGAAUCAAUGCUAUACAUGUUGGCGGAAAGUAAAAAGGCUAUUUCGCAAGAAUUUAUGACAGCUUUGUACAAUAAAGAAAUCAAAAAUAAGCGAUACAUAGAUUUGAACUGGCCAAUGGUCAAGUAUAUUUUUACUAUAGACAAUGAACUAGCCGGUAAAAAAUCUAAUUUUAUUUUCGAAAAACAUAAUACGGAUUUUGAGAUUAACUCAGAAGUUUUGCCGGUGGGAGAAGCUAUUUUAAAAGCGUAUAUAAAAAAUAGAGAAUUGGUUGAAUUCAUAACUAAAGUCUGGCCGAAAGCUAUUAAAAAAGAUGAACUCUGGGACAGUCAAGAUUUUGUUAUUGCUGUUUCAAAAGGCAUACUGACGUUAUCGGAGAGACAAAUUUUACAGGUAAUUCAAACUUCAAUUGAACUUGAAAUCGACGCUGCUCGUGCAAUAUUUAUAGCGGUAACAAUAGGACUUGUUUUUGCAUCAUCUAAAACUGUUGAGUCUUUGCAAAAUACGUUUUUGAAACAUAAGCAAUAUCUCGACAGUAAGGAAGAAUUCUGGCAAGUUCAUUACAAUUUGUUAAUACUAUAUGGACCUAAUUUUAGUUUGCACAAGGAUCAAUUGAAACUAGAUUAUGAUUUGUACUAUUACUUCACUGUGUUCAGGCUUUUGGAACUAGAUAUACCGAUUACUUUUGAUGAAUAUGACCAAUCAAAAUUUAUAAAAUAUUUGUCAGAAAAUGAUUACUUCAUUUCAAUUGUUUUUAAAAGAUGGUUUAUAGUGUUUAACAAUUUUUUUUCCAAGAGUAAUCAGUUUAAGAUUGUGGAAAUGGCAAUUUACUGGAAUAAGACUUAUGGGAGACUAUUCAGCUCCAUCAAUGAACAAUUUUACGAACAGAGGAAACUUACUACAAUUUUACUAGAUAUAUUAAUCCAAAAACCGGAACUAAGCUAUUCGUGUAUUAUGCAUAUUCCUUUUAGUUGUUACCGCAAAGGAAUAAGAAAGGAAUUGAUAGAUUCUAUAACAAUGUAUUUUAUUGAAACUCAAGACUUAAAGUGUCUUCAAUCCUUGCUGUGGAUCCUAAGUGUUCCAACUUAUCAAUCAAAAAUUGAAAAAGACUUUGCUACAAUGACCGAUGUUUUGAAUAAAUCCAAAAGUGGUGAUUGGAAGUACCUUUCAUUUGUUAUUGCAACAAGCAUUUGGAAAUCUCAAGUCCAAAAAGUUGAAGACAAAACAAAUCAGUUGUACAUUGAAAAUACGAUAACUGAAUUGACAAAAUAUUUAAAAAGCAGUCAUACUACCGAGAUCGAACCAAAGAUUGAACUUUGUUUAGUGAUUUUAUCACUGUUCGUGCCAACAUCCAAUGGCCAUCUUUUUGCAAAAGAGUUUAAUGCUCAUUGUAUUUUGUCGAUAAAAUUAGCAAUAAAAAAUCAAAACUUAUUAGCAGUGUCUUGGUAUUUAUGGGCCCUCGCAUCAGUAGAAGAUAGAUAUGUGAUAGAUUUCAAAGAUACUCAAGAAGUUAUUUCAAUACUUGACUCAAAUUUAAUGGAAAAUGAACAAACUAGAAGAGCCUUGUUCGAGAUAAUUUGUAAAUCUGCUCCUAGGAGUAUUUUUGCUGGAAAAUAUAUCAUGAGUGUUUUUGUUUUGAUCACAUCUUUUGAAAAAGAGCAUUUGAUCUUUCAUUUCAAUAAUUUGGUGAAAUACAUAGCUAAAUUUGCUUCCGAAGACAUGUUGUCCUUCAAAGAAAUAUCCAAAUUCUUGAUACAGUCGGCUUCCGAUUUAGAUGAAGGUAAAUCAUACGUUGGAUCGAUCUGCUUGUUAAUUUCUGCGAUAUUGAGAAAUGUCUCGAAAGAAUCUGAUCCUUUUGUUACCACCAAACUAUUUGCAAUUCUUUUGAAGUACUCGUCAUGCAUUAAGAACGAGGUGGUGUCGGAUGAAGUCUUAAUCACAAUCAAAAAGUUAUUGGUGGAAAAUCAAUUUAUUUUUAAUCAACAUAUAUUGGAAAUGACAAUAGCAUUGAUCCAAAAACUUUCGUCUACCUCAUCAAAGUCAAGCACCUACAUAAAUUCUACACGAGUUUUAUCAACCAUAUUAUUACAUCAUAGAUAUAAAUUAACAGCGCGGCACCAUCUAAUCAUAAAUAGUAUAUCAUCUAUGUUAGAGUUAUUAGUAAGCUCAUCUUCACUAGGGAAAGAUAUAGCAUCAGCCCAGGCAUUUAGUAGAUUAAUGACCAAUCUAUGUGAACCACAAGAAAGAAUCAACGAUGCAUUAGAUUCAACGAAUAACACUUUAACUACAUCCGCCAAUUUUUUCAAAAAGUCAUUAAGAAAUCAUUUGCCGGUAUUAACGAUCAAUUACAUUUACUUAAAUUUGAAGUAUUCUUUCCAUAAAGAAAUCAAUGAUAUAUUGACAAGUGGGAUCUUUCUAAUAUUUGAUCUUUUGUCAAAACAUGAAUUGGCAAUGAUUAAUUCCUCGUUAGACUAUGCAGGGAAGGCUUUGUUUAAAACUAUGUAUCAUAAUUAUAACGAGUAUUGGAAAUGGAAGGAUCAGUAA